AUGGAGCAGGAGGAUAUCCCCUUCCCUUGUAUGGGCUGUGGAGAGAUCUUGGAGGAAGGCAAAGCAUUUGAGCUGUGUAUGUACCACGUUGGCCCACUCAUCUUCCUCGUCUCAGUCCCCUCCUCUAACAUACAUGCACCUCCAGCUGGCCAAAGAUGGCAUAUCGAUUGUUUCCGUUGCAGCACCUGUAGCACCCUCCUCGACUCCGACGCCCACCUCCUCCUUCUCGGCGACGGUUCCUUGAUCUGCAGCAACUGUACCUAUAGCUGUAACUCCUGCGGUAACAAGAUUGAGGAUCUCGCCAUCCUCACCGGUGACCAGGCGUUCUGUGCUCAGUGCUUCCGAUGCCGCAACUGCAAGAGAAAGAUCGAAAACCUUCGCUAUGCGCGCACAUCACAGGGUAUCUUCUGUAUGGAUUGUCAUGAAUCGCUCAUGCAGCGAAGACGAAAGAAAAAGGCAAAUGCAGCCGCCAAAAAACCAGGGGGGCCAGGGACAAAGUAUGAUAAGUCCCUGCCUUCGUUUGCCCCGAGCAUGGAGGAGACUCGCUCCAUCGAUGAGACGCUCACGGAGGCAUUCGCCGAAAUCGCUGUGGACAACCGGCCCGAUACAGCAGCGUCUGAGCCGGCAGCUGCAGGUAAGGAAACUACAAUGCGUGUUAACUUACGACAAUCUCCUCUCCCUUCCAGCACAUAUCGUAGCAGUCGUCAGAUCAGUUCGCAACGGGAUACCACCACCAAUGCCGAUACUUCAGACACAGGUGGCGAGCUCCUGAUCCCUCUCGCAUUUGACCCCUCCGCAAGUCAGCGAUCCUCGUCCCGCCCACAACCCCAGCUCACCCAGGAGCUGCCUCGUGAUUACUUUGGACAGGUUCGUUCUGGUGAUUCUUCAGUACGAGCAUCCUUCUCCCUGGAGCCUCCCUCUCGUGCAUCAUCAGAGCACCCUUCCCCUCACAUUGCCUACCAAGAGAAAGGAUGGGACAAGAGUGAAGAAAACAACCGACCUGAUACCGAUGGAGUGAAUGGCACAGCCAAGUCAUUCAGCGCGAGCAUGGACGCUACCAUCUCAAAGAUCGGACGGACAGAGUCAGCCCGCAGCUCUCGAUCGGAUCUGCCGCUGGCACUGAGAGAGACAAGCGCCUUCUCCGGCGCAACGAGCCCUGACAGUACUAGGUCCAAAGAACCAACAACAGAAAUCUCCCGAUCCGUGCCCCAGGAACCGGCUGUGCGUCCCUCAAACGAACUCCGUAGACUACACGAUCACACCUCCAUGGAAUCCGCAUGUUCCCAGCAGGCGGCCUACCCUCCCAAACGGGGCGAUUCUCUUGAAAGCAAGCUCCAUUCAAUUACCCGGAAGGAGGUCGGUGCAUCCCCUGCAUCUUCGACUUACGCUGGAUCCCCCAAACUGGAUGGCUCUCUGGAACAACCGAAACAAAGUAUCGACACAUCUAUCACCACCCCCAUCUUGGAGACCCAGCGACAGCUGGAUGGCGCAGGCUCGCCAUCUAUCGCGCGCUACCCCGGAAGUGAGUUCUCAGAUAACGACCUACCACCUAGUGAUUCCUUCUUUCGCCGCGUCUCCAACUCUGUUCGUCAUGGCCGUAGUUUCAGCGAGAAGAGCGUGAGGCUCGGCAAGGAAGGGAGAUCCCCAAGAUCACCGACUAAUACAAAUUUAGUCGGACCCGAGCUGGCUAGCCCAACAGCCAGCAUUGCCCAGAACGAGGAAAUUUCCUGGCUUCGGAACGAACUGCAAAAGGAACGCCAGCGCAUCUCCGAAAUGGAGAAUGCUCUCCGUGCAACCGCAGAUGUCAAACAGGUCAACACCGAACUAUCAGAGAAGCGAUCCACCAUGGUUGUCCUUGAUGCGCAAAGGGAAAUUGUUCUGCGAGAGCUCACUGUACUUACGGACCAUAUCGAGGCGGAGAAGCGUGCUGAAGCCAUUCACAAGCUGAAGGAGUCGUACACCCCUCAAAUCGAGGAACUGAUUCAAAAGCGUAAUGAUCUGAAUGAAGAACUUGCCAGCAUCACCCGGCAGAAGGAGAAGAGCUUCCAAGAGUUCGAACAGCUUUCGUCGAAGAAUGCCCAAUUGGCCGAGCUCAAUAACCAAUUGGUCCACCAGAUCCAGGAGCUGUACAAGAACAACCCGGAGGGCCACCGCGGACCGAACGGACUGGGUAUCUCUCAUAACAAGGGUGGAUCAAUCCCAUCCAUUGAGCAUAUCAAGCCGUCUUUCCAUGAUUUCCCCACCUCCGUAUCUACCGCGCACAUUGGUGAUGAGGGUGAGCCUGCAACUGCGACGGUUGUCCCUGGCCCACAGGUGGUUAAUAUCCGCAAGGGCCAACCGCGCAAGUUUAACUGGAAGAAGGGUGGUCAAAACGUGGCCAAGGGUGUCAAGGGUCUGAAGGGAGCCUUCAUGGGUGGUGAGCAGGAAGCUGGUGCUGGUGGUUUGCCUCGCUCUCAGACUCAAGACCCGAGUCGUCAGGGUUUUGGCUUCUUUGGAAACCAGAGGAAUAAGCAGGGAGGCAAGAUGUCGCAGGCCGACAGUGUGCCCACACUGGCUGAGAUUCCAGGCACUACGCUUUUCGGAACUGAUCUCGAAGCUCGCAUGGAGCAUGAGAAGAGUAUUAUUCCAGCCAUUGUCACUCGUUGUAUCCAAGAAGUCGAACUACGAGGCAUGGAUAUGGAAGGUAUUUAUCGAAAGUCCGGUGCUGCCUCAGCCAUUCAAGGCAUUCGGGAAGGUUUCGAACGAUCUCCAUUUGACUAUGAUAUCUCCGACCCGGACCUUGAUAUUCACGCGGUGACCUCUGCAUUGAAGCAAUACUUCCGCAAGCUACCAACCCCACUGAUCACCUACGAAGUCUACGAUAUGAUUAUUGAUUACGCGGAGAUCCCCACCACUGCCGCCCGAGUCGAGCAUCUCGUUGAGAACCUAAAAGAGCUACCCCGCGUGCACCGUGAUGUGCUUGAGUUCCUCAUUUUCCAUCUGAAGCGUGUGGUGGAGCGACAGGACGAGAACCUAAUGACCAGCCAGAACGUAGCCGUCGUCUUUGCGCCCACGAUCAUGCGGCCAGAGAGUCUAGCCCGUGAAAUGACAGAUGUGUCGAAGAAGAAUGAUGUUCUCAAGUUCUUGGUAGAGAAUUGUCAGGAUAUCUUCCAGGGUAUGCAGGGCUAA